AUGGCCCCUCGCAGCCGAGAGCAGUCCCCAGCCCACAGCAAGACGGCAAGGACCACAGUCCUACCCCUGCAGCGUUCUGUCAACAACCCGAAUGAGUCUGGAAGAGAGCCUCAAGCCACCAAUGAGAGGGAAGGCCUGGCCAACAACUUGAUUUCAGGCAGAACUGUACCUGAGGCUUAUAUGAUGGAGUCCUCUGUUCGCAGACAGGCUGUCUGCUCCUUGACUGUGACAGGGAUCAGAGUCACCGAGGUGGACUGGCAGAGCCUGAAGAAUGGCGUUGCCCACCACACCCAGGAGUACCCCUGCCCUGAGCUGGUGGUACGCAGGGGCCACACGUUCACCUUGGUGCUGGAGCUGAGCAGACCCCUGGAGGACCAGGAGACCAUCAUCUUCACGGUGGAGACAGGACCCCAGGCCUCCGAGGACCGCCACACCAAAGCCGUGUUCCAGAUAUCGGAGCCGGAAGUAGGCAAGACCUGGGCAGCGGUGAAGGAGGCUGAGACGGAGAACACCGUGACCGUCAGCAUCAGCAGCCCUCCCAACGCUGUCAUCGGCCGCUACCUGAUGAGCACCAGGGUCUCCUCUCGCCGAAAACAAAAUGACCGAAAGCUGGGCGAGUUUGUUCUCCUUUUCAACCCAUGGUGCCCAGAGGACGACGUGUUUCUGGCCUCAGAGGAGGAGAGACAGGAGUACGUGCUCAAUGACAGCGGGAUCAUCUUCCGAGGCGUGGAGAAGCACAUCCGAGCCCAGGGCUGGAACUACGGGCAGUUUGAGGAGGACAUUCUGAACAUCUGCCUCUCCAUCCUGGACCGAAGUCCUCUUUACCAAGAUGACCCAGCCAUCGACGUGUCCUGCCGCCAUGACCCCAUCUACGUCACCAGGGCCAUCAGCGCCAUGGUGAACAGCAACAACGACCGGGGAGUGGUUCAAGGCCAGUGGCAGGGCAAGUACGGCGGUGGCACCAGCCCCCUGCACUGGCGUGGCAGCGUGGCCAUUCUGCACAAGUGGUUCAAGGGCAGGUUCAAGCCAGUCAAAUACGGCCAGUGCUGGGUCUUCGCUGGAGUCAUGUGCACAGUCCUCAGGUGCCUGGGGAUCGCGACCCGGGUCGUGUCCAACUUUAACUCGGCCCAUGACACGGACAGGAACCUGAGCGUGGACAAAUAUGUGGACUCCUUCGGGCGGACCCUGGAGGACCUGACAGAAGACAGCAUGUGGAAUUUCCAUGUCUGGAAUGAGAGUUGGUUCGCCCGUCAGGACCUGGGCCCCUCUUACAAUGGCUGGCAGGUUCUGGACGCCACCCCCCAGGAGGAGAGCGAAGGCGUGUUCCGGUGCGGCCCAGCCUCGGUCACCGCCAUCCGCGAGGGGGACGUGCACCUGGCCCACGAUGGCCCCUUUGUGUUUGCGGAGGUCAAUGCGGACUACGUCACCUGGCUGUGGCACGAGGAUGAGAGCCGGGAGCGGGUAUACUCGGACACAAAGAAGAUCGGCAGGUGCAUUAGCACCAAGGCCGUGGGCAGCGACUCCCGUGUGGACAUCACGAGCUUCUACAAGUAUCCGGAAGGAUCCCGGAAGGAGAGGCAGGUGUACCGCAAGGCCGUGAGGAAGCUGUUCAGUGUGGAAGCCUCCGGGAGGAGGAGCCGGGUCCGCAGGGCCGGCGGCCGUGGUCUUUGGCGGGAGGACCUCCUGGAGCCCGCCACCAAGCCCAGCAUCACCGGCAAGUUCAAGAUGCUGGAGCCGCCCAUGCUGGGCCACGACCUGAGACUGGCCCUGUGCUUGGCCAACCUCACCUCCCGGGCCCAGAGGGUCCGAGUCAACCUGAGCGGCGCCACCAUUCUCUACACCCGCAGGCCGGUGGCGGAGAUCCUGCACGAAUCCCAUACCGUACGGCUGGGGCCCGAAGAAGAGAAAAAGAUCCCAAUCACAAUAGCUUACUCUCAGUAUAAGAAAGACCUGACAGAGGACAAGAAGAUACUGUUGGCUGCGAUGUGCUUUGUCACCAAAGGAGAGAAGCUCCUGGUGGAGAAGGACAUCACUCUGGAGGAUGUCAUCACCAUCAAGGUGCUGGGCCCAGCCAUGGUAGGGGUGGCGGUUGUGGUGAAAGUGACGGUGGUCAACCCCCUCCUGGAGACAGUGGAGGAUUGUAUGCUGAUGGUGGAGGGCAGUGGCCUUCUCCAGGGACAGCUCAGCAUUGAUGUGCCCAGCCUGGAGCCUCAGGAGAGGGCCUCGGUCCAGUUCAACAUCACCCCCUCCAAGAGUGGCCCAAGGCAGCUGCAGGUGGACCUCGUCAGCCCCUACUUCCCAGACAUCAAAGGCUUUGUGAUCAUCCACGUGGCCACAGCCAAGUGACUGGCCACCACCAGGGGCUGAGAGGGGAGGAGAUGGCCCCUGGUCCCUCCCUGUCCACCUCUCUGCCUCUCCUGCGUGGGAGCCAGGAGGCCUGGGUUC